GCGGAAUUGGAGGAUGAGAAGGUUUUGACAGCUGUGUUUGCUGUUCACAUAUGGCAGAUGGUCUAGCAUAUUAAAACUGCUUUCUUCAUUUUUCUCCUUGUUAGAUACUUAGCCGUGGUAUUUACAGCUUGAUACUAUUAAUGGAAGUAUGGCUUGUAAACAAACUAGUAGUUACAAAACAGUUUCAAAAGUACAUUGACCUACCGUCCCCUCCCUUACCCCUGCUUUCACGGACAACCUCGUUUCCAGUUCCUCAGAGUUUUUCAUUCAAAAUGGCGGCGAUGUUUGACUACGAAAUUAAGUGCGAUUUUCCAGUCUUAAUAUCACGAAAAAGCUCAGGGAAAUAGAUUGAGGUUCUAUUUUUGUUUAGAAAAUGGAGCGUUAUCACAUUUUGCAGCUAAUCGGAGAGGGUUCGUUUGGAAAAGUGUACAAAGGUAGAAAGAAAUACAGUGGGCAGGUUGUGGCAUUAAAAUUCAUUCCUAAAGUUGGCAGAUCUGAAAAAGAGCUAAAGAAUUUGCAGAGGGAAAUUGACAUCAUGAGGAACCUAGAGCAUGAAAACAUCAUCAAAUUACUGGACUCCUUUGAAACACCUAAAGAGGUUUGUGUUGUAACAGAGUACGCUGAAGGAGAAUUAUUCCAGGUAUUAGAAGAUGAUGGUUCUCUUCCAGAGCAGCAGGUCAGAAAGAUUGCCUGCCAACUUGUCAAGGCCUUGUACUAUCUGCACUCUCACAGGAUUCUUCAUAGAGACAUGAAACCACAAAACAUUCUCCUUGGAAAGGGAGGAGUAGUCAAGCUCUGUGAUUUUGGAUUUGCAAGAGCCAUGAGUAUAAACACCCUUGUAUUGACAUCAAUUAAGGGAACUCCACUAUACAUGUCUCCUGAAUUGGUGCAAGAGAAACCAUAUGAUCACAACUCUGAUCUCUGGUCUGUAGGAUGUAUUUUAUAUGAACUGUUUGUUGGAACACCUCCCUUCUAUACCAACAGCAUCUUUCAGCUGGUGAACCUGAUCUGUCGGGAUACUGUCAAGUGGCCUGAGAACAUGAGCCCUGAUUUUCAGAGCUUUCUCCAAGGUCUCCUAACCAAAGACCCCAACAAAAGACUUACCUGGCCUUAUUUGCUAAGGCAUCCAUUUGUGGCAGAUGGAAUAAACGAAGCUGAAUUAGAAAGGAUUAGUGAUCCAGAGAUGUUUGAAAAGCUCUCAAAUGCAGCUAGCACUGUUGGAAAAACUAUGAAAGGCAAGGGAAAAAUUCAACAAGGGAAAAACAAGAAAGAAAGUAGUACUGGAGAGGUUCGACCAUCAUGGAUAAGAAAGCUACAACAGAAACAAGAAGGGGCCCAGCCAAAAAAUCAGAAAGGGGCUGAAGUGAAGCAAGAGAAUAAGGAGAAAGGAAAGCAGGAGACGAAGAAGAAAGCUCAGGGUAAUGUAACAGCAAAGAAUAAGCCUUCCUCAGCAAAGGAUACCGGAACAAAAAAGCCCACAACUACUAAAGAGGAGCUUGAAGAGAGGGAUAGAGUUGUGCAGGAAAAAGCUGUUGAUGAUGAGUGGGAGGUGCAGCUAGAAGAAAAGCCGGUUGCAACUGACAGGGCAGGACAUGAAAUAAGUGAUGACUAUGAGAGAGAGACAUCAGUUAUUGAACAAGUCUUGGCUGCUGCUGUCAAGAGACGUGAGGAAAAGAGUAGAAGGCAGGGAGAGAGGCAUUAUGGAGGGCAAGAGGGACUGGAUAGUGAAGAAGAAUGGGACUAUCUUGUGGAAGUAACAGAACAAGCUUCCACAGGUGGAGCAACUCAAAAAGGACACCCUUCAGAAGAUGCUAGAAUUACUGAGAAACUGAUGACUGAUUCAGCCUUUAUCAGCAAAGUACAGGAUGCACUAGAGACUGUGGCAGGUCAAGUCUUGGAUGGUCUGUUAGAGGGUGCAUCUCGUUUGAGACAAAUUCUCAGAGUUCUGAGAAGUUUGUUAACAACUCCUUGCUCUCCUGAAGUGAAACUAAACUUUUCAAGUUCAGUCGGAAUUCCUUCGGAUAGUGUCAUUCUCAUAAUACAGUUAAUCAAAAAGCAAGGUCUUUCUCAGCAACCUUGGGUAGUACAAGUUAUUGUGGAUCUACUGAAUGUGACAACAGCUUUCAUUGAGAACAUCAUUCUUUUGAGCAGUGAUGCCGGCAGAGAAAGCUCUGCCCUUUUAAGUUGUGGAAAGAACCUUGUGGAAUGUCUACCAACACUAAUGCAACAUGGCCAGGACAAAGAACUGAAUCUUAGACAAGCUACUUUAGAGUGUGUUCAGUGUAUUUGUAAUGCCAUUGACAGACAUGAUGCUGCAGUAUCUGAAGAGUUUUAUGACAAUCUUGUUACUUGUGACAUAAAGAGCGUGGAUUGCCUCAUUGGAGCUCUUCUUGUGGAACCAAACGCUGUACAAAGACUCAAAGUUUUACCCAAAAUAGGUGCGAUUGGAGAUUCUGCGUCUGUGAAAGCAAGAGUAACGCGCCUUCAGAUUGUUGCUGUGACAACAGUGACGGUAUUAGUGACCUUACCCAAAGACUCAGCUAUUGAAUCAAGUCCAAAACGAAACUUAGCAAGCCUUGUAGCGAAAAAACUUCUUCAGCCAUCGAGGGAAGACUGUUUGGAUGUUGUAUAUCAGUUUCUGCACAAUACAGCGUCAUCUCUGUGUGUUGUGAAUCUUGUCGCUGAACUGUGUGUGGUAUCAAGAGACUUUAGCCUUCAUCUUAUGCGACAGUCCAAAUGGCUAGCGUCACUGAGCAAGUAUUUAACAAGUUGUAAUGGAAAGGACUCAGAUCGCGAGGAUACGUGCUGUGUAUUGCGUGUUUUGUGUGCCAUGGUAGCCAAUGUAGAGGAGAUUCCUGCAGAGAUUUCUGAUUGCUCAGAUCAUGUUGCUUCCAUUUUUACCGGCUCACAUGACUUCGUGAUCCAAGCUUUCUCUGCCAUGUUGCUCGCCAAACUUGUCAGUCCAGAUCCCAGACUACUGGUUGAUCAAGUUGAACGGGUUUUAGAUGUCAUCUCCACGGCACUGGCCAGGCUGCCACAGAAACCAUUGAUGCUAGUGGGUGUUAAUGGCGGUGUUUUGGAUGGUAUUGUAGAACUGUUGGAGCAUUGUCUGACUCAGGAUAAUGGCUCCACGGCAUCUUCACGAGUAGCUGACAGCAUUCUUUGGAACAGUUUAUGGUCUGCAGUUGGUGUCGUUCUUAACAUCGCACCAGACGAAUCAGUAGUUCUGAGUGAUAUAGAAGUAAUGCCCGAAGAAGAAGCUGAUAUCAGAGUGGGCGUUGUCCAGUGGAGAAUUCUGUCAUAUCAGGGCUUGCAGCGUGUGUUACGCAUAACACACUUCUUAUUUACCAAGACUCCAGUUCAAAGUAUUGAGAAACUCGUUGAACCUCCAGCACAUGCGGUGUCCUGCUUGAGCAAAAUGCUUACAACACCAUUUGUGGAACAACUCUCUAAACAUUUGGCAGGUUCUUCUACUCAUGGAAAUAAAGGGGAAAACACAGGAGAAGCGCUCAAUGCCUUCACUAACAUGAUAAUCAAGAUAUUCUAUUUUCCGUUUGCAAUAGAUGUAGAAGAACAUCUUCUGCACGAUACCCAAAGUGUUUUGUAUCAGUGCAGACUUGUCCCUAACUUGUUGGAGUUUGUGUCCAAGUUUUUGCCCUUGGAAGACUUGGAACUUCCACUUGGUCUGGUUUCUCGGUUGGUACUUAGCGAUGAGAUCUUUGUUACACAGCUGGCAAGAGAUGUUACAAACCAAAAGGGUGAGUCCUUCCUAGCCUCACUGGUGUCAGCGGAUAACUCUAUUACUCUUCUGAGUGACGUCAUUACGAUACUGAGUCAUGUUGCCCGGAGUUCCUCGGAGUAUGUUUCCUUGGUUACGAAAGUUUUGCAAGGCGACGGAGAUUCGUACGAGCCCCUGUACAAUCUUCUAUCACACCCGAACGCAGCUAUCAUUGCUAACGCUUGUGGCAUGUUGGGUAAUAUACUGAAGCAUUCUGCUGUCUUCUGUCCGGUUCUUCAGAGAACCAAUUUGUUGUCGACGUUGAUAAACUGUUUGAAGAGUGAAGAUUCUAAUGUGCGCAAGACCGCCAGUUUCGCAGUUGGUAACGCUGCCUAUCACAGCGACUCACUGUACACGCAACUGAGCCCUGCUGUGCCUCUGCUGGUUGCCUUGCUCACGGACUCGGUAGCUCGAACAAGAGCGAAUGCCGCCGGCGCUCUAGGAAACAUGGUGAGACAUUCGCCCUUACUGUAUCAGCAACUCAUCAAGGCACAAGCACCACACGGUGUUCUUGACAUGGCUUGCAAUGACGGCCAUAUCGAGCCUCAGGACGCCGCUUUGAAGACGCUGAGACUUUUCUGUAGAAACCCACGGUGUAGACAGGUGCUGGUUUCUCUUGGUAUACAACAACGGCUUCUCAGAUACCUAGAAAGAUCCCGGAUGUCUGGCGCCAGCAGUCAGCAAUCCAGCGUUUCAUCGGUUCCCAGUACUGCGCGGACUAAUGACAGCGUGGUGUCGGAACACUGUGUUCGCAUCUUGAACAAGCUCAAAACACGCGGAAACGAGACUUGAGACUUUUUUGAGAGAGGGCAGAAGGCAUUAUCACCACGAGGAAGACCGACAGCGAUAACUUGCGCAAAUGCAAGACUAGAAAACAGCUCUUCACGGUAAGGUUGCUUUAUUGGCGCGUCACGUUCUUGAUGCGAAAAACAGAACAGAAGAGACUUACGUGAGAAGGGAAAAUUUGUUUUGAAAUGGAGGUAGAGGAGCUUAUAGGCAACAUGAACUGAUAUGGUCACCCUAAAGGAAUCCAUCCACCAGUUGCGUAUUUACUCCGACACUGAAAGGUACAAAGGUCAUUACAGAAUAGUGCUUGUACGUCUGCAUAUUGCGCCCACGGUUACUGAUGUUGGUGAGAUAUAGUAUGAGUUGGGUGACAUUGUUCAAUUGUGACUCUGAUGUUGGUUAUCUGUUUAAAGUUGGUGGAACAAGUAGCUUUCUGGAGAAAAAAAGGUCCCCUAUAUGACUAUCCGAACAUUUCUGAUAACUCGUCAACUACAAAUUUGCACCCGCAUUUGCGUUUUACAUCAUUUUACUAGGCAACUUCUGAUGGAAAAAGCGGGUUUAUUGAGUUCUUAGAGUCAGGACUUAGAACGAAAAAUACAUAAAAGGAUGGGUUUGACCAUAGUUAAUGGAGGGAAAUGGUUACGAAGCCCGGUAAACAUCAAAGAAGCAAGGAGAAGAGAACAAGCAAGUCCUUGACCCUGCUCAUCUUUUGUUUUAUGCUCAUUGACUAUGCGUGAAUUACAUAAUUGCAAUGCUUCUAUUGGUUAGUUGUGUGAGCACACAUAACAUCCUUCUGUAUUUUGCCAGGUUUUCUGUAGGGUCAACCCCCCAAAUAGCCAACAAAAACAUACAACAAAGAACUUUGCCAAGUUUCUUAACCAUUCCCUCUAUUAACUAUGAUUUGACAGUAUGAUAAUACUGACGUGUCUUAAAUGGGGAGUAUACAUGUAUGAGUCUUAAAGAGAAAAUACUUAAUGUACAUAUUCAAAACUCAGGUACGUACUGUUUGGUAAAUUACGUGUCAACAGAAGUUAUUUAUUGCUGUGGAUUUUGUAUUUAAAUGUUUCUAUAAAACAUUAAUAAGUCUGUGGAAAGAAAUGUUGUUUGUAGUCUUCUUGUCUAAUUCUUAGACAGCUUUUUGCAGACUUGUCGUUGUUUUGAAUGGCAGCCAUUUUUCCGCCCACUUUCCCGGGCAGGUGUUAAAAUGAAGGUGACACGUCCAUAUUGAGAGUGUUCAAGGGAAAAUGGAGUGCUCGAACAACUGGCAUGAUAGAUGAUGUUGCUUUUAAAAACCUUUUACAGCCAUAAACCUUUUCUUUUAACCAGCUCAAAGAAUACCGUCAAAGAGAUCUGAUUUCCACUUUAAUAUUGUAAUACCAUAUCCAAAGGUUGAUUUUCUUAAUGAUCAACGUGGCAGUUUCCCUGAAAAGAGACCCAUUAGGCUAUUUUUAUCAUUCGAUAGAAAGGAGCAUGAAAAUUCAAUCUGCAUUAAUUAAGGAAAGGUUUUGUCCCACAGAGCAGAUUCAGUCCCCGGUAUUAGAAUAUCAAUUCUCUUUACCAGAUUGUGAAACGUUUCUAUGUAUUCUAGUUCAGAGAAUUUAAUUGUAAAUCGUAAUAUCCCCGAGUCGUGACUGUCCUCAGGCCAGUCGCCUGUCUGAUUGUAAUAUAUCGACAAUCAAUGAGAAAUGAACUGUUUAUCAUAAGUGUUGCUAGCGAAAGCAGCUUUAUUAGGUUCAAAUGUGAUGUUUAUAUUUAUAUUUUUAUGAAUAAUGGAAGUCAAUGAAUAACAGCCAC